GCCUCAGGACACAGAGCUGUGGGGGAACCUUCAUCAUGGCCUGGAUGCCUCUGCUGUUCCCACUCCUCACUCUCUACACAGGUUCUGGGGCCUCCUAUGUGCUGACCCAGCCACCUUCAGUGUCCAAGAGCCUGGGAGAGACGGCCUCCAUCUCCUGUGCGGGGGAUGGGAUUAGUAGUAAAUAUGUACACUGGUACCAGCAGACACCUGGCAGGGCCCCCGUGCUGGUCAUUUAUAGUGAUAGCAGAAGGCCCUCGGGAAUCCCAGAAAGAUUCUCUGGCUCCAACUCAGGGAACACGGCCACCCUGAGCAUCUCUGGGCUCCAGGCUGAGGAUGAGGCUGAUUAUUACUGUCAGGUGUGGAGUAGUAGUACUGAUGCUGUGUUCGGCGGAGGGACCCAGCUGACCGUCCUUGGUCAGCCCAAGGCAGCCCCCACCGUCAAUAUCUUUGCUCCAUCCCAAGAUGAGCUAGCCACCCCAAAGGCCACCAUCGUGUGUCUCAUCAGUGGCUUCUACCCGGGUGCCGUGGAGGUGGCCUGGACCAAGGAUGGCUCCCCUGUGUCCCAGGGUGUGGAGACCAGCCGGCCCUCCCGCCAGAGUGACAACAAGUACUCAGCUAGCAGUUACCUCUCACUCACAGCUAACCAGUGGCAGGCAGCCAAGACCUUCACCUGCAAGGUCACCCACGAUGGAAAGGUCAUCCAGAAGGAGGUGUCCUCAAGCCAGUGCACCUAGAUGCCACAUCCCUCCUGGACCCCCCCCUCUAUCCCCACACAUGGGCUUCCCCAGCCCAUCCUCCUCCUCCUCUCUCUCCUGAUUUCAAUAAAGAUCUUUCUUUUCUCAUUCA